CGGCCCUUUCCUUUCGCCAGCACAUCUGUUCUUCUUCACCAUUUUUCUCUUCGUUUCCCUUAGAUCAUCCUAUCAGCGACCACUUGCUUUCCUCUCCCUGGUGAUUCCCGUUGCCGCUUGUAUCCAGUUGCCUGGAUGAACCCGACGAACACGCCGAUGUCCCUCUUUGCCUACUAUACCUUCCCCGCAGCGAUCAACGCUCAAGGGCCUCUGCCCCGCAAUUGCUUGCCAUGAGAAUUGGAAGGGGAUGUGAACGUUGUCGUCUGCGUCAUAUAAGAUGUACUACCCGCGCAGGGGGGUCUUCGUGUAACGCCUGCACUCGCCUGGGGCGAGCUUGUCGCUUAGAUCCGCCUUUUCGUUUCAAAUCUGUCCGUCAUGUUUACCAGAAGAGCAAUGGCACGGCAUCCAAGUUUGAGCUGGUCUGGGACUCCCAGCAGACUUGGGUGAAGGUCCCUCACUCGUUGACCUUCGUGCACGAAUCAUCUGACGACUCUGACGAUGACAAUACAAGCGACACUUCACCGGUCCGUCAAGGGGAUGGCCUUGUCCCCUCAAAUGAGACGCCGCAAGACAUCCCACAGUCCUAUACUGUAUUCUCUCAUCUACCCUUCCCAGAGAUUAUGUAUUCUCAGGAUGAGAGCCUACGAGAACAUCAUCAUGUCGAUAAUCCAGCACAAAACCCCACGACGCCCCCAGUCACUGAAGUUCAACAGUUUCCCGGCAAAUCCUCAAGCCUGUCACCCCAAGCCAUUCCCAUGCUCUCUCCGAUAGCAUCCGCAAGUACUUGGACGAGCGCAGCAUCGCCGCUGAGUGCGGUCAGCUCCAGACAAGGCAGCUCGUCGUCACUGUCACCUCGCGAAGCCCACCUUCUCCGUCUCUUUAUCCAGAAGCUUGCGCCAUGGGCCGACAUCUGCGACCUCCGUUCUCACUUCGGGACCGAGGUCCCUCGCCGCGCUCUCCGAUAUCCGAUGGUUCUCAAAGCUGUCCUCGCCCUUGCAGCUCGACAUGACGCCAUUGUGAAAGGGGCCAGUGAUUGGGAAGCAUCAGAGUACCACGGCCAAUGCCUCGAACUCCUGAUCGCAGCUCUCGCCCUUCCAGAAGAGACCUACGAUGACAACCUCCUCUUCACGGUUGUGAUCCUACGGAUGUACGAAGAGCUCGAGCUUGCGACCGACGAGAAGUGCCACUGGGUCGGAUCCAAUCGACUUCUCAACCGGAUGUCUAAUUCUGCGUCCUCGGGCGGGCUCGCUGAAGCCGUGAGCUGGCAGUUCCUUCGCCAGGCCAUUUAUGCCUGCGUCGUGCAGCACCAACCGAUGCAACUCAACUUGGCGAACUAUGAGCGUUCCGUUGUUUUCCGGCGGCGCGAUGACGCUUCCUGUGCGAAUGUCAUUAUCUUCUACUGCGCCAAGAUCUUGCGGUUGUGGUCAGGCUCGCACUGCAGUCCUGUUGACGAGACGGAGUGGCAGCAUCUGGUCGACAGCGUGGAGCAAUGGUACCACGCGCGACCGGUCAGCUGGCAGCCACUCCAGUACAAGGAUGCGAAUCCGAGCGAGAAUCGCCCGUUUCCUGAGAUGUGGAUGAUCUCGCCGCAGGCGGCUGUGGGACUGCAAUAUUAUCAUACGGCGUGCAUCUUUCUGAGUGCUUCCGACCGACACUGGAGUGUAGUCAGUGACUACGAGCUUGCACGACUCAAGCGCGUAGAGGAGGUUCGUGAUUCUUUUCGUCUUUUCUCUCAUCAUCCUUCUUCGCUCUCCCUCAUCGUUCUCUCUCGUCGUUCCUCUCGUCGCUCCUUUCGUCGUUCCUUUCGUCGUUCCUUUCGUCGUUCCUUUCGUCUUUCCCCUGCAUCUUUCCUUACACGUCUGCCUCGUAAAUUAACUAACCUCCACAAACAGAGAACAAUCUCCUCCCACCUCGUCAAGGUCGUCGGCCUCUCGAUGUCCAACGAAACCGUGGAAAACGCAUACUUCAUGGCCUGCCAUCUUCUUCAUCGCUACGGAUAUUGUCUCCGCCACGCAGCCGAACAACAAGGCUCCCUGGAGUUCCUACGCCGCAUGGAGAAGAACGUAGGCUGGCGCACGGGCUGGGUGAUCCGCGAGCUCGAAACCCAGUGGAAAGAACUCCAAACAUUAGAUACUACCUGGGGAGACGGAUAGACGAUCGGUCGGUCGGUGGGCGCUUUGCAAUGCCUUUGUUUUUCUUUGGGCUUUGGGUGUAUAUCUAGCAACAAGUUUUAGAUUCACAGUCUCAUGACGUUAUGACUAGUUCCUCA